GGUCUUUAAAAAGUCAGCGAGUGGUGUGACGUCACUGAAAGAUCUUAAGAUUGUUUUGUUUUUCAUUGAUCUCUCACAACAUAACGUGAGAUUGUCAGGGCUUGGUCAAGAAUGGAUUCGUUUAAUUUGAAAAAAUUUGCUCGCGAUGCGGGGUCAGCUCUGAGUCGAGUUGUUCAGCUGACUGAAGAGAAGCUUGGAACCUCAGAGAGAACAGAGCUUGAUGCACACUUUGAAAAUUUGGCAGAGCGCUCAGAUACCACAAAGUUAUGGUCGGAAAAACUUCUAGCUGACACGGAGGCUGUGCUCACCCCAAAUCCUGGUAAUCGGGUCGAAGACUAUCUCUUUGACAAAAUUGACAAAAAACGUCCCAAUCGUUUGAGCAAUUUGGAAUAUCUAGGUUUAGAUAUGAUAGAUGCUGGUAAUGAAUUCGGACCUGGCACUGCUUAUGGAAGUGCUCUGAUCAAAGUUGGACAAUGUGAGCAAAAGCUUGGCACUAUUGAAAGGGACUUCACUGCAUCUGCCAACCAUGCGCUGGUAGCACCAUUGCGAAAGUUUUUGGAAGGUGAAAUGAAAACUAUCAUGCGAGAAAGAGGCCUUCUUGAAACAAAGCGUCUGGAUCUCGAUGCUUGCAAGAACCGUGUUCGAAAGGCUAGGAGUAUGCUGGGAACUACAAACAAGGAAGGUCCUAGCCCUGAAAUAGUCCUUAGACAGGCAGAGCAAGACUUGCGAGUGGCACAAGCAGAGUUUGACCGGCAGGCAGAAAUCACUAAACUGCUUCUCGAAGGCAUUGGCAGUUCCCAUGCAUCCCAUCUCAGAUGUCUGCAUGAAUUUGUUGAGUCCCAAGUGCGGUAUUAUGCCCAGUGCCAUCAGUUCAUGCAAGAGCUUCAACGUGAUAUGGCGAGUGAUAGAAAACCAAGUCCCAUGUUGCGUAUCAACAGCGAAGAAGUGGAACUUGUACCUCCGGAGAGCAAUAGCACUAACUCAUCUCCAAACUGAUGCCUGUUACCAAGUCAACUACCACUAUGAGAUGUGCAAGAGUACUCAAAAUAUUGGCCGGCUCUUUAAUCUGCUUUCUCUCUACUCCAUGUUUUGAAAGUUUCUCAGCAUUAUAUUGCAAUAUUCUUAGAUAUACAUAGCUUCUUUGCAAUUCUUUCUGUUUUUGUCUUGUUUCGUUCAUCAGCCUUGUGCUCAUGUUUCAAAAUUUUGUAUUUGUCUGUUCUUACAAUGAAUUUUUCAUCUAUGUUUGGACAGAAAUUUCAGUGUAAUGUCUAUUCAUAGUAUACCAUAAUGGAUAGUACAUCACAACCACAUUUCUUCUCCUAUGCAUUACCUGUUUAACCUCUCACUUCGUACUUUCUAUUUGUUAGAAGCAGUUAGUGCUUUUCUUAAUUCUCUUUUCCUGAAUCUAAGUAAUAAGUAAUAAGAAACACAAUGGUCCAAGAUCUGCAAACUGGUUUUUGUGUUGCAUCUCCAGUGCAAUUAGUAUUCUUAAGUCAAUACCACCGUUUGUCAAAAUCUGAAAGAGUAGUAAUAUUGAGAAGAGCCCAGUGAAUGAGAUCUAGUGGAAACACCUUCACUUCUCCACUUGUUUUAUUCCACUGUUUACUGAUGAGAUGAGCUUUAUACACUUACAUAUUGUGGCUGUAGCUGUUGUGUUAUGAUUCUCUCUAUAAUUUUUAUACCAAUUUUUUAUUGUUAAGUUUGAUUUUUGGUAAUGGAAUUGAAUUUUUUAAUGAAUUUAUGUAUGUGUGCAAAAGUAUUUAAAUUGAAGUGUUAUUUGAGUUGAUAAUAGAAUAUUAUUAUUUCUAUCCUAGUGGCCAAAGUGCUGAUCACUCCCUAGAUAUUACAUGUCAGUUGGCCUGAAGUAUAGAAAUUAUGUGAUUUUUGCAUUAUGUAAGGUGAAUGCACCCAAAAUGCUACAUUCCAUUUUGGUUGUUAUAUUUUUGUGGUAAAUAUG